GAUUGUUGGAAGAAUUCAGUAAACGUGUAUUGUUGUCUCACUCGCUUCUUUCCCUAGAAGUAUCGCGGUCGAAUACGUUAUAAAAGCAUUAAAGACACUACCUGUCUCAUUUUCCUAUUUCGUUAACUUGGUUUUAUGAAGGAGAACGAUUCAUGUUGCAUACAAAAACAGUCACACUCAACACAAUUGCUCAGGAGGUACAAAAAAGAACCUGCGCAGAACAAACGAAAAAAAGAUCAAAAUGGCUCAACGAGUUACCUACCGCCGUCGCCUUGCUUACAACACUCGUAGCAACAAGACCAGAAUUAUCAAGACUCCUGGUAACAAAGUCCGCUAUUUGCAUAUCAAGAAGCUUGGCACCAUCCCCCGUUGCGGUGACACAGGCGUUCCUUUGCAAGGUAUUCCCGCUCUGCGUCCUCGUGAGUUUGCUCGUCUUCCACACAACAAGAAGACCGUUCAACGCGCUUAUGGCGGUUGCUUGAGUGCCAAUGCCGUCAAGGAUCGUAUUAUUCGUGCCUUUUUGAUCGAGGAACAAAAGAUUGUUAAGCAAAAGCUUAAGCAAAUGUCUUCCCAAAAGUAAAAGGGUAAAGGUUGAGCCGGAAAGCUCUCUUUGAGCUGCUCUAUCUAAAUAACUUCCUUGAUUAUCGGAAAUUAAAUAAGACUAUUUUCGGUGCGUAUAAGCUGAAAUCAAGUAGCUAUCUUUAAAAGUAGUGUGGGAUUC